AACAGCACACACCCUACACGUUAAAUGCCUGAAGAAAGCGGACACCUUCCGUUGCAUCUGCCAGGACGAGAAAACUCGAGAAUCUGAGAAAUGCCAAUUAUUGCUGUAAAGAAUUAUUCCUGUUGUCGAUAUCACUUAAUAGCAAUCUGAAUAGGCUUUCUAUUUCUCCAUCUAAACUGACAACGACUCUACUACUCGGUUUAUAAAGGGAAUUCUGACAUUGGCAACAUGGUCUGUAAAUCGCUUCUCAGUUUUGGGAAACAGCUCCUUCGUAUCAAAGUGGUAGACUUCAAUGAUGAGGGGAGCCGCCUGUCCAGAUGCCUGAACACAUUUGAUCUCAUCGCCCUUGGGGUUGGCAGCACCCUGGGAGCAGGUGUCUAUGUCCUAGCUGGAGCCGUGGCCAGAGAGAAUGCAGGGCCUGCCAUCGUCCUGUGCUUUCUGAUUGCUGCCCUGGCCUCAGUCCUAGCCGGCCUCUGCUAUGCAGAGUUUGGAGCUAGAGUACCAAAGACUGGGUCUGCCUACCUCUACAGCUACGUGACUGUCGGAGAACUCUGGGCUUUCAUCACUGGCUGGAAUCUGAUUCUGUCCUAUGUGAUAGGUACAUCGAGUGUAGCUCGGGCGUGGAGUGCUACCUUUGAUGAGCUCAUCGGCAAACACAUCGAACACUUCUGCCGGGUAUACAUGCCAAUGAAGGCCCCUGGAAUCUUAGCAGACUACCCUGAUAUAUUUUCUGUAGUCAUUAUCCUUGUUUUAACAGGGCUUUUAGCUUUCGGUGUGAAAGAGUCUGCCUUGGUGAAUAAAGUCUUCACCUGCAUCAAUAUCCUGGUACUGCUUUUUGUGGUUGUGUCCGGGCUAGUGAAGGGAACUAUAAAGAACUGGCAGUUGACUGAAGAGGAAGUGAUCAAUGGAACCAACAUUUCACCUUUUAAUGUUACAGAGGAAGAGUCUAAGGCGUGGAAGUAUGGAGCUGGGGGGUUCAUGCCCUUUGGCUUUUCAGGAGUCCUCUCGGGGGCAGCCACCUGCUUUUAUGCCUUUGUGGGAUUUGACUGCAUUGCUACCACAGGAGAAGAAGUAAAGAAUCCCCAGAGAGCCAUUCCGAUUGGGAUUGUGGCCUCCCUCCUGAUCUGCUUUGUUGCUUACUUUGGUGUAUCGGCUGCCCUGACAUUAAUGAUGCCCUACUACAUGCUAGAUAAGAACAGCCCCUUGCCUGUUGCCUUCAAGUAUGUGGGCUGGGAAGGAGCCACAUACGCAGUGGCUGUUGGUUCACUGUGUGCCCUUUCAACCAGUCUUCUUGGUGCCAUGUUCCCAAUGCCUAGAGUGAUUUGGGCUAUGGCAGAGGAUGGGUUGCUCUUCAGAUUUUUGGCUAAAGUCAGCCAAAGAACCAAAACACCCUUAACUGCUACAUUAACUUCAGGGGCGGCUGCAGCUAUCAUGGCGUUCCUCUUUGACCUGAAGGAUCUGGUGGAUCUCAUGUCUAUCGGCACUCUGCUUGCCUACACGCUGGUAGCAGCCUGUGUUUUAGUGCUUAGAUACCAGCCUGAUCAACCCAGUGUGGCAUACCAAAUGGCAAACACAACAGAUGAGAGUGAACUGAACGAAUCUGUGAGCAACAGUGAUUCCCAACUUGGGUUUCUACCUGAGGAAGAUGAGAAAUGUACUCUGAAGACCUUGCUGUUUCCCCAGAACCCUAAUCCUAGCAGACUGUCAGGGUUUGCAGUUAACAUCUGUGCCAGUGUCCUUGGAGUCCUUAUCUUUACUUUCUGCCUCAUAACUGUCCUUGGAGGAGAAACCACAUGGUCUAUAGUGUGUCUUGUAUUGCUUGCUUUCUCAAGUGCUGGCGUCACUGCUUUAAUCUGGAGACAACCAGAAAACAAAGCCAAGCUGUCCUUCAAGGUUCCAUUGCUGCCUUUCGUCCCAGUAUUCAGCAUGUUCGUAAAUGUAUACCUCAUGGUGCAGUUGGGCAAGGGCACAUGGAUAAGAUUUGCUAUUUGGAUGGUACUCGGCUUCUUUAUCUACUUUGGCUAUGGAAUCAGACAUAGCACAGAGGCUGUGUUGGCUCAAUCAGGCACAGAGGUCACUAGGAAUGGAUACAAACAAACCCAAGUAUUCAGUGGUGACACGAUGGCACCCGAAAAGGAAGCAUUUCUGGAUGAUGAAGAAUCAGAUGCAAGAAAUCCAUGGAAAGCGGAGGAAGGUGACCCCUAAAGAUAGAGACAACGUCUCGGACACCUCCAAGCCGGCCUCUGCUUUAGCUGAUUUUGACGUUGAAGAAGACAACGGGAACACAGGAAAAUAAAUAUUGCUAGCCAAUCCUGACUGACAACAAUGGGGAGAAAUCAGUUGGCAAAUGCUGUAUUGUUUGCAAACCUCUGUGUGCCAAUGGCUCUUUCAGUGCUGCUAUACUUUAGUGGAUAUGAUCCUGAACUUAAUUGACUUACAGCCUAUACAGCUUUUGGCCAGUGCUGUUACAAAAACCUGUUCCUUUUUGUUUGACUAGAAGAGCACUUAAGAAUAUCUCAUUUUUCUAUACUAAUCCACUGAGGCCUUCCAAAGGAAGCUCCAAUGUUAAAUAACAAGGGCUAAACUUGUGUGGAGCAGCUGUUUUUUUUUUUAAUUUUAUGUUGGCUGUAUUGUUCAGUUUGUUAUGAGCACGAAUAACGUAUCUAAUGUAGUUUUGUUGUAACUGAUUGAAUUGGUGGUUAAUAGCGGUCUGGUAGGUUUGUUUCAUAAAAUAUUAUUGCAGCUGUAAGGCUGAAUUAGAGGGCUGACAGGGUUCACUUUUCAAAGUGAGGGUCUGGGCCCCUGCCAACAUUUUGGUAGACAGUUAUUUACAGGUAAGUGGAUGGUAAAUGUGUUUUGUAAGUUUAUUCACAGUUACUAAUGUAACAUUUGUAUUUCAGUGGGAAUUAAAACGAUUCACACUGCAUACAUGAUAUUGUACAAAUACAAGCCAUAUAAUAAGUUUAACUUAAUAGUAAAGAAUCACUAGCAACAUAUUAUAAACACAGAAACAUCAAACAAACUAAGACAAGUACAUUUGUAAUCAUAUUAUCUAACUUCACUAUAAUGAACCCUUCUUAGAAUGAACCCCCUUUUUAACAAUCCAAGCAGUAAGAACUUUUUUUUUUCAAUUAGAAGGAUCUUUUACAAAAUCUACCCGGAUAAAACGAUCUCGGUAGUGAAUGACACUGAACUUUCUCCAGUGUGAAUGUGUUAUUCUGUCAGUGAAAACAAAGACUGUAAUGCUGAUUCAUAGAUA